AUGGCGCCAAAUUUCGUAUUUUUCAUCGUUUUCGUGUCCCUAAGCUCGCUAAAAUCCCUUGCCGAACCCCACGAAUGGACGCCGAUAAACCCGGGUGAUCCCGAGGUGGUGAAUCUAGCGAAAUACGGCCUGGUUGAGGAAAACCAACGAGACAGUAGGUCGCUAAAGUUUGUCUCGAUCGUCAGAGGACAAUACGUAGAGAUCGAUGAUGGGAGACCCGAGUACGUGCCGAUUAUUCGAUACAAGCUCGUGAUCUCGGCUGACGACGAGAAGAAUAUCCGAAAGCAGUACGAAGAAAUACUAUCGGAAUCGUUAGAGGCUAGUGUAGUUCUGCUCGACUCGUUUAAAGAAUUGAAAAAUUAA